GCCCAGGCCCAGAACGAUACUCUCAGAAAAGCCCAAUUCGUUUUUGGAGGAUUCCUCCUCUUCUCCCUCCUCAAGCAGCCAUCAACGGCACAGCGGCCGGCUUCUCUGCUUUCUCUUCUUCCUCACGACGCUGCAGCAGCAGCAGCCACUCCUCUGCGUGCGGCCGAGUUCGACAGCGCGGGCUUACUCCUCUCCUUCCGGCGACGUCGGCAAAGAGAGAAGGACAAAGAAGACGGGGAGACUGCUCGUUGUUGGAAUAACAUGCCGGCUAUUGUGGAGGGCGCCACUAUAUCAGAAGCUGGCAGAGUCCUGAAGAAAAGGAAAAUGGGAAACAAGUCUCGCAAAGCAAAGAAGAAAGUAAAAGUGUUUCAGGGUUCUGGAGAAAAGGUUAAGAUUGACAGGAAGACGAAAAAGCUAUUCCGGAAGAGGGCAAGAGAAUAUAAUUCAGAUGAUGAUGAUGAUGCUGGUAAAUCUGCCCUGGAUAAGAACCGCAAUGCUGCCCCCGUCUUUGAUGACAGAAGAAAUUCAGAAGCGGAUGAAUUGAAUGAGGAACCUCAGGUAUCAGACGACGAGGAUGAGGAUGAAGAUAACGAAGUUCUACCUGCCAUUACAAAGUUCGCAGAAGGGUGCAGAGCAUUUAGGGCGGCAUUCAAGAGUAUUAUAAAGAAAAGUGCUUCAGAUGACGUUCUUGGUCCGAUAUUGUCGGGGCAGAAGAAGCUUGUUGCUCAAAAACUCGCUGAAGAGGAAUCUGAAAAGAAGCUUAAGGGUGAAGUGAAGAAGGAGAAGCACUUGGUGGCAGAAAAGGGGCAUGUGAAACCUGCUAAUUAUUUGGAUGCACAUGAAAAGUUUCUCAUUGGUGUUGCUACCAAAGGAGUGGUCAAGUUAUUUAAUGCGGUUAACAAGGCCCAAAACGCACAGAAAGGAUUGAACCCUUCAUCAUCGAAAGAUGCAAAAGCGAUAAAGAAGAGGAGGAAAGAAGCAUUCUUUACUGCGCUAGGCAAACCAUCUGCCUCAAUGACUGGAAGUUCAGCGAAGGUCAAUGCACUGACUGAUGGUGUGGGAAGUGAACCUCCUUCGUGGGCUCCACUACGUGAUAAUUACAUGCUUACGAAUUCUAAGCUCAAGGACUGGGAUAAGAUGCAGGAAACACCCAUGGAGGAAGAUGUGGGGAAAAUUUCGGAAGGUAGUAGUUCAGACGACGAUUGAAAUCUUUACCUUCUAGGAUCCUCGCUGACACUACCUGAUGUUAUGUAUUAUGCAUUGCCAGAGAAUUUGUUACGCCCUUUGGUUUAGCUAAUGAAAGUUUUGGUUUUCAUUUUGGUUAUCUUGUGACACACUGGAUCUUUUCUCGGAGAUAUGUUUAUGUCUUAUGUUACUGGGCGA